AUGAAUAUCAAUGAUCUAGUACAAGAAAGGGACUCAACUCCUCUAGCCGAGCCAAAUGGAACGGAGCAACAACAAUUGAGCAAUCAGCAGGAAAUUAAACAAGAACACGAGGAAAUAAACGAAGAGAGUGAAGUCAAUAAGCUAGAUACAACCACCAACAAUGACAAUAAUCAAGAACCUCAAGAACUAAAAGAGGAUGAAGUAAUGGAAGAAGCAGAAGCAGAAAUAACACCCCAACCAAUAAUUAAAACAGAAUUAAGUGAAACUCCAAGAUUGACACCACAACCACAAAUUCAUCAACCUACAAACAACCAAAACAAGAAACUAAAACAAGAACAACCAAUUAUAGAAACUUCAAACUUACCUCCAUUACAUGAAAUAGUAGGUGGCUCAUCAAUACGAAGAUACUUGAAUAAACAUUUAACUAAACAUUUAUUGGAUGGAUUAAAAGAAGUUGGGGAUAUUAAACCUGAUGAUCCUUUACGAUACUUGGGUGAAUUUUUAAUUGCUAGAUCUGAUGAACAAAAGAAUAAUGGGGGGUAG